UCGUGUAGCAAUAUGGAGGUUUCGCGCGGUAGCGUGUUUUGGUAAACUAUUAUACUGAGUGAUAGUUAAAGAAUAUAAUAAUUGAGCUUGAGCUUUUUAACAGCAUUUAGUGAGAUUUCAGAUUUUGAUUACCAAGAUGAUGCCAGUAGGAGGGGCUCCUCCUGUUCAUGGUUCAGGAAGCGUAUCGCAAAGCAAUACACAAAAUUCUAGUUCUUUAACACCUACUACUGGUUCUAAUAAAUCGAGUAGUAAUUUGAAACCAAAUUAUACUCUUAAAUUUACCUUAGCUGGGCACACCAAAGCUGUUUCUUCUGUAAAAUUCAGCCCUAAUGGUGAAUGGUUAGCUAGUUCCUCUGCCGAUAAGUUGAUAAAAAUAUGGGGUGCUUAUGAUGGCAAAUUUGAAAAAACUAUAUCAGGACACAAACUAGGAAUAAGCGAUGUUGCAUGGUCAAGUGAUAGCAGGCUGUUAGUUUCAGCUAGUGAUGACAAAACAUUGAAGAUUUGGGAAUUGUCCUCUGGGAAAUGUUUAAAAACACUUAAGGGGCACAGUAACUAUGUUUUUUGUUGUAAUUUUAACCCCCAGUCCAAUCUAAUCGUGUCAGGAUCAUUUGAUGAGUCAGUAAGGAUAUGGGAUGUGCGAACAGGCAAGUGUCUUAAAACUCUGCCAGCACAUUCAGAUCCUGUUAGUGCCGUUCAUUUCAAUCGUGAUGGGUCCCUCAUUGUUAGUAGCAGUUAUGAUGGUCUUUGUCGUAUUUGGGACACAGCAUCGGGCCAAUGCCUAAAAACCCUCAUAGAUGAUGACAAUCCGCCAGUGUCUUUUGUAAAAUUUUCACCAAACGGAAAGUAUAUUUUGGCUGCUACCUUAGAUAAUACACUGAAGUUGUGGGAUUACGCCAAAGGCAAAUGUCUGAAAACUUAUUCUGGUCAUAAAAAUGAAAAAUACUGCAUCUUCGCGAAUUUUUCUGUUACUGGAGGAAAGUGGAUAGUUAGUGGUUCCGAGGAUAACAUGGUGUAUAUCUGGAAUUUGCAGACAAAAGAAAUAGUGCAAAAGUUACAAGGACAUACAGAUGUAGUUCUUUGCACGACCUGCCAUCCAACAGAAAACAUAAUUGCAUCGGCAGCGCUAGAAAAUGACAAAACUAUAAAACUAUGGAAAAGUGAUACUUAGAUUUAAUUUUCUUGUCACUUUUGUACAUUUUGAUAUUGUAAAUUUGAUGCAGAGAUAUAAAGUUAAAAGUAUUUUGUAGGUAAGUUUGUAACUUUUUAGGUUUUCCCGCUUAAUAAUUUAUAGACUCGUUCAUUUGUACAGCAAAAUUUUACUACAUAUAAGAUAUAUUUUUGAAUACAUAUGACGAAUAAUUGUUUCCAGUUAUUCAUCUCAGAUAUAAGGAACUACUGUUUUGCUGUGUAUUUAUAAUAAAUAUUAUUUCUUUAAUUGUUAUUUAAGCGUUUAGUGAAACAUUGUAGUGGGUCUUUGUUUUAAAGAACAUUUAUGGAUUUUAGUUUUUAAUAGAUAGCACGUUUCUGUUUCAAGGGAAGUUUUUUUUAGCCAUGUUUAGUAAUAAUGCUUUUAAAUAAAAUUUUAUACAUUUUUUUGUUGUAAUAUGUCAUGCAUAUUGUGCCAAUUCUUGCAGAGGGUAGAUUUAAUGGAAAUUAAAGCAUUGCACUGUUAUAAGAAGAAAUGAACGUACAUAUUUCUAUUAAAUUUAUUUUUUGGAUUUUGUACAUUAUCUUUGCAAUUAAAUUUUUUAAAUCAAAGAUC